UCUCUGUUCACACGAAAGUUCCAUAGUCAACAUGGCGGCAGCGAUGGAUGUUGAUACCCCAAGCGCCACGAAUAGUGGAGCAAGCAAGAAACGUUUUGAAGUGAAGAAGUGGAAUGCAGUGGCACUUUGGGCCUGGGACAUUGUGGUGGACAACUGUGCCAUCUGUAGGAAUCACAUUAUGGAUCUCUGCAUAGAGUGCCAGGCUAACCAGGCCUCUGCCACAUCAGAGGAGUGCACCGUAGCCUGGGGAGUCUGCAAUCAUGCAUUCCAUUUCCACUGUAUCUCCCGUUGGUUGAAGACCAGGCAGGUGUGCCCCCUAGACAACAGGGAGUGGGAGUUUCAGAAAUAUGGACACUAGGUGGAAGACUCUGGAUCAUUACUUGGGCUUCUGCAAGUUUCAUGGUUUCUGUUGCUUUCUUUCUUCGUAUGAUAGACUCCACUUUGAGUACAUUGCAAAUACUGAGGACAUCCACCCCCACAUCUCAUUGUUUUAGGCUUGCUGGAAAACAAUGUUUUUUUUAAGUUGAAUUUGCAAUGUUGUAAAUUAUAAAUAAACAAUGUUCUGUGUA